AUGACGAUCAUCAUCCCAGGGAACCCUUACGUUGAGAGUUCUUCCCAGCGCCCCGGUGGGCAGAGCUUCCUGGAGCAAACGCUGCGAGAUCCGGUCAGCGGCGUCUAUGGAGAUGGAGAGCCCGGACCCCGGGGUGCCUCGGCGGCCAGUCUAGCGGGAAGGAGGGCGGGAGACUGGCUGAGUCUCGGGGAGGGGCGCACUCCAGAGAGGCGGCUUGGAGGUGGAGGAGCGACUCAGCCUGCAAAAGAUUUUGGCAAAAUGAUGUGUGUGUUUGUCUUUGGAACAUUCCCUCCUCCUGGGGGAAGAGAGAUGGUUGCAACGGAGCCAGUACAGGCCCCACCGUUCUCCUUCGAAGAGGUGGCUGUCUAUUUCACCGAGGAGGAGUGGGCUCUCCUGGACACGGAGCAGAGAGACCUUUACUGGGAUGUCAUGCAAGAGAACUACGAGAACGUAGCGUCCUUGGCUAUUCCAAUCCCUAAACCUGAGCUGAUUUCCCGGCUGGAACGAGGGGAAGAGCCAUGGAUCCCAGAUCCCCAGGCUAUGGAGGACAAGAAGAUCCCCGUAAACGUUUGUGAAGGGAACGACAUUUCUUUGAAUUCUUCCUCUAUCCCUGCAAGCGAGGUGAUAGUGAGGGAGAUCAAAGAAGAGAUCCCUGAGCCAGACGGCUCGGAUCAAGUGGAACCUCAGUGGACUUUGAUGGGGGCACCCCCAAGGAUCACCCCCUUGAACUCGGAGAGCCGUUGCGGGUUGCAACGGCAAUGGGAGAUGCAGCCGGGGACUGUAUGGCGAGAGCCCUCCAGGCACGUGAGGGCAGCGAAUUCAAAGCGCAGCAUGUUCCACGUGGGGCGGAAGAAGCUGAUGUGCCCCGAGUGCGACCGGUGGUUCCAUUGCAAAUCCGAGUUUCUGCUGCACUGGAGGACUCACACGGGGGAGAAGCCCUACGAAUGCCUGGCCUGCGGGAAGCGCUUCAUCCAGAGCUCUCACCUCAGCGCUCACCGGCGCAUCCACACGGGGGAGAAGCCCUACGAGUGCCCCAAGUGUGGGAGGAGCUUCAACCGCCGCUCCACCCUCACUGAACACCUGAGAAUCCACACCGGGGAGAAGCCUUACAAGUGCCUCCAGUGCGGGGAAAGCUUCCGCUGGAGGCCUUACCUUACUAAGCACCAGAGAAUCCACAUGGGGAAUGCCAUCUACAGAGGGCUUGACAAUGGAGAAGCCAUGUUUGAGAGCUCAUCCUUUGUCAAGCAGCAGGGAAUCCACACAGCAGAUGGCGCCAUGGAGAGUGGAAACGCUGAAGCCAGUCCCCAACACGCUACUUCCGAGUCGGCAGAACAGCAUAGUGGGGGGAUGCUUAACCCCAAGACGUCUAACACCAGGCAAGGCUCAGCGGACAAGCUGCUGGAGAGGACUAUAAAGACUGAAGCGGAGCCUCUCCCAGACGGGAAUGACGUCACUGAUGUCAGUCAAAUCAAGAUAAUUCAGGUAGAAAAGAAACACGUGUGCCACGAGUGCGGGAAAGCCUUCCAGUACAAGUUUGAACUGGUGAAGCAUCAUCGGACCCAUACAGGGGAGAAGCCUUUCGAAUGUCUGGCCUGUGGGAAAAGGUUCUUCCAGAGCACCCAUCUCAAUGCUCACCUGCGCAUCCACACGGGGGAGAAGCCCUACGAGUGCCCCAAGUGUGGGCGGAGCUUCAACCGCCGCUCCACCCUCACUGAACACCUGAGAAUCCACACCGGGGAGAAGCCUUACAAGUGCCUCCAGUGUGGGGAGAGCUUCCGCUGGAGGCCUUACCUUACUAAACACCAGAGAAUCCACCUGGGGGACAAUUCCUACAAGUAUUUUGACAACGGGGAAAGCCUCUACGACAGCUCGUCUUUUCCUGAACAUCAGGAAGAAAUCCACCCAGAAUAUUUGGUUUCCAGACCGGACUCGAUCUCCUGUGUGGAGCCUCAGGACAAGCCCUGGGUGCGAGGCCCUCCAUGCUCUGAGGGCAGGCAGAACCACAGAAGCAGCGCUGAAGGCGAAGGAGCGGUGGAGCCGUCCCAAGGACUGUCUGAGGGAGAAGGCGAAGAGGCAGACUCCCCUGCAGGCUUCGCUCCCUCUCACAACGCGGCAGGAGACAGCGACUCCUGUGAUAGCAUGACAACUGAACACCCACAGGAAAAUCCUCAGCAAAGGGGCCUUGAGCUAGAAGAACUCAACAAUGUCUUACCCGACAGAUCUGCAAAGAAUGUUUCUCUAAGGUCUGGGGCGGUUUCUGAUAGCAGACAUGAAUCACUUGGACAACCAUCGACAGAAUGGGAAGAAUCAGAUAGCUUAAAAUAAUAUCCUUCAAACUCCCACUGAGCCUCAUCCUUGGACGAUGGAACCAGCAGAGUGCAGAAAUAGCACACACUUGUGAGUUCGUGGCUCUCAGAGCAGACUCUUUUUGUCCAGAAGCAGGAAGAGACUUUCAGAGUUCAAUGCGUCCUGAAACAGUCUCUUCUGGAAAGACUUGAAAACGCAACAGCGUUUUUAACUUUUCCUCUCCUCCAGUAUUAACUGGCCCCUUUUGCAUCCAACAUGUAUGGAUCGUGGGGUGUGUGUGUGGAAAUGGGGAGUUCUUUAACUGAAAUAUUAACAUUUUUCUUCCUUUUUUUAAUAAUUUGUAUGGAUUAAUUCAUGUGCAUAUUUUAUGUUGUCACGCAGGAAAACAUGAAUAUUAUGAUCAGA